CCGUUAAAAUCUGCUGGAUCGACCCAGUCUUGAAGUGACUCAAUCAAAUCAAACCUGUCUUCCCCCUGGUGGAGUAGUCUGUCCAGGUGGCCGCCAGUUCAUUUUUCUCCUCUUCUUCCCCUGCCAACUCCGAACCUAGUCUCAUUUUUGCCUUUCGCGUGGUCUGCUCUACUCAUCUGACCGACUGACAACCUCGCCGGCCUGCCCACCAUCAAGCAAGGCACGAGCAAACUUUCAGUUACCCGGACCGUCGAGGGGUCGAACAUGGCCUUCCGGAACGAGGUCGACAUCACGUCCAAGUCCGCCGAAGGGGGAAAGGGAAAAAUGAUGCCUGGCGAGGAAACGGUCCAAGUUCACACAACGAACCCUUCGCCGGAUCUGAAUGACUUCGAUUGCGAAAAGCAUGGCGCCAACAGCGAGUCCAACCCGUUGCCCCAGCUCAAGCGGAAGCUGAGAAGUCGGCAUUUGCAGAUGAUCGCUAUCGGAGGCACCAUCGGCACAGGUCUCUUCAUCGGUAGUGGUACUGCUGUUGCUAAUGGCGGACCCGUGGGCGCCCUCAUCGCUUAUGCCUUCGUCGGAACAAUCGUCUAUUCGGUCAUGACGUCUCUGGGAGAAAUCGCAACUUACAUUCCGAUUCCGGGCGCUUUCACAGCUUAUGCUGCUCGCUUGGUUGACCCCAGUCUCGGCUUCGCUAUGGGUUGGAUCUAUUGGUUUUCGUGGGCCUCGACAUACGCGCUUGAGCUCACAGCCACAGGGCUUAUAAUCCAAUUCUGGGAUGAUAGCAUCAAUAUCGCUGUCUUCAUCGCCAUCUUCUGGGUCGUCAUCACGCUUCUUAAUUGUUUGCCUGUCAGCUUCUAUGGCGAAUUGGAAUUCUGGCUUUCGAGUGUCAAAAUCAUCACAGUCAUCGGCUUUAUGAUCUUUGCGAUCUGCAUUGACGCUGGCGCUGGAAAGGAGGGCUAUCUAGGCUUCCAUUACUGGGUGCAUCCGGGGCCGUUUUCUCCCUACAGUGGUGUUUCACCUGAUUCUACCGCUAAGUUUGUUGGCUUUUGGUCCGUACUUAUUCAGGCCGGGUUUGCCUAUCAGGGAACAGAAUUAGUAGGUAUUGCGGCCGCGGAAACCGAAAAUCCCCGCGUAACAGUCCCCGCAGCCAUUCGCAAAACCUUUUAUCGGAUCCUAUUCUUCUUCGUUCUCACUAUCUUCUUCAUUGGCAUUCUCGUGCCAUACACGAACGACGAUCUUCUCACAGAUGGGAAUGACGCCAACUCUUCGCCAUUCGUUAUCGCCGCCAAGCUUGCGGGUGUUCGUGUGCUGCCACAUAUCAUCAACGCAGUCUUGCUGACCGUGGUUCUUUCGGCUGCCAAUUCGAAUGUUUAUAGUGGCAGCCGUAUACUGAUCGGCCUGGCGCAAGAAGGAUUUGCUCCUCGUUGGUUCAAGAAGACCUCAAAGAAAGGUGUACCUUUUUUCAGCGUGGCGUUCACCUCUGCUUUCGGUCUGCUUGGAUUCAUGAACGUUUCCAAUUCUGGCAGUACUGUCUUCAAUUGGUUGGUCAACAUUGCUGGUGUGGCCGGCUUCAUUACCUGGGCCUCGCUCAACGGCUGUCAUCUGGCUUUUAUGCGUGCCCUGAAGGCUCGUAACAUCUCUCGCGAUUGUCUUCCGUACAAGGCCUUGUGGCAGCCGUACUAUUCUUGGUAUGGUCUGUUCUUCAAUGUUCUUAUUAUCAUCACUCAGGGCUUUACCGCUUGGAUUCCCUCCUUCGAUGUCACGAGCUUCUUCACCGCUUAUAUCAGUUUGAUUCUUUUCGCGGUGCUCUACGUCGGCCAUAAAAUUGUUUACCGGACGUCUUUCGUCCACCCGCUCGAGGCUGAUAUUGACACGGGCCGGUUGGAAUUGGAGAAUGAGACGUGGGAGACAUCUGUACCGACAUCCAGCAAAUGGUACAAGAAGGCUUUUCAUGCGGUCCUUGGAUAAUUUCGGGCCCGGACCAGCUCAUUGACUAGGAGUUUUUG